UUGGCAACUGAUGAUUGUACAACAGGCAGAUCAAAUGCUACUCAAGCAUCGCACAAGAAGUCAUCACGACCACUCGAAAUACCUCCAAAUCUUAAGCCGUACGUUACAGAUCCACCAGACAGUCUUGUUUACAAGACAUUGACAGGAAUCAUCCCACUUAAUCUUGAACAAGAAGAAUAUACUAAUUUACUUACAAAUUUAUCAAGAUAUAUUGAUGAUUCCAUCUACAAUGUCUAA